GCUUUGCAUAUUUAGACUUUAGAGAGACUCGGAGCUCAGAACCUCUUCAAAACCCUUGGCAAGUUUCACAGCUCCUCCUCCUCCCAUCGGUCGCCGGCGCCACCAACUACUACCGCCACCACUAACAGAGAUAAACCGCCAGAAUAAGCGAAGGGAGUGAACCAGGGCGUCACCAACAGCAAUGGCGGCCUCGGCGGCCUCAGAAGUUACAGAUGGUCCCGUCCUGAGUCUCAUCAACAAGCGUCUCCGAGCCCUCCGGAAGAAAUACAACCGAAUCCUUCAGAUGGAGGACGGUAUUUCUCAGGGAAAGCCCAUCAACAAGGAGCAAGAGGAGGUCCUCCGCUCCAAGCCCGCCGUUGCCGCCCUUAUCGAUGAGGUCGAAAAGCUUCGUCAACCCCUCACCGCUGCCCUCCAGGAGGAGCUCAACCUUGCCGUCCAACGUCAUCAAGUCUCCGCUACUCCCCCUGUCGUAGACGACAAUGUUAAGGACAGUGAAGAGGAGGGUGGAGAGCCAGAGGAAACCAGGCCGGACUGGGACCGUAACGAAGCCGUUCUCGAGGAUCUUCUGAAUCUACUAUACUUUGGAUCUCUGUUCGAUGUCAAGCCCCAGAGCGAUUUCACCUCUACGAUGCUCACCAGGACUCAUGAGCGUGGUUGCUGCUUGACCUAUGAUUACGUGACCGAUGAUGCCACCGAUCUACUUGGGGAGAAGGAUUUGGAUAUGAUUUCUAUGUUGGGCAGUCUCGUGAUUUCCCGCCCCGUUCAUUCUAUCUUCUCGCACAAGAAUGCUUUGCGUAGCUGCGUCCAGCAUGCGAAGCUCUGGCUUUCCAACUCGGAGCAGCCCAUUGAACCUGGAGCCACUGUUACAUAUGCGGGGUUGAGAGAGCGACUCAACAAAAUACUGUCUUCUGAUUACUUUACCACCACUCCCGAGAUGAAAGCUCCGGUUGAAGUGGCUGCAGCUGCAGGCAAGUAUGCUCCUUGCCAGGUACCAGUUCAGAACUCCACAGUGCCAUCGCCGGUGCCCAUCCAGGCAGACUGUCCACUUGGGCAUUGCCUUGAUAAGGAGGAAGACGGUCUGCAUUUUCAAGGACAAGACACUGGUGCUGAUCAAUCACUUCCUGUUGAUGAACCACCCAAGCCGGAUGAGCCAGAGCAGCUGAUUCCGGAUGAGGUCACUUCAAUUGAACAGGAACAGCAGAAGCCACAGUUGGAGGUUGAGGAUGAUGAUGAGAGAGAGGUGGAGUCAAGGGAGCAACAGUACAUUCCACGGAAGACAUACAUGAACCAGAGAGGCCGUGGUGGUGGUAGCAGGAGGGGUUAUCCCAAUGGCCGUGGAGGUCGAGGUGGCAAGGGAGGUGGGAGCUACCAGAAUGGUCGCAACCAAUAUUAUGACCAGCCAGGAAAUUAUUACCCCAGGAAUUACUAUAACAGUAGAGGAAGGGGUGGUAGGGGUGGUGGAAAUGCUUAUAACAAUCAUGCACCAGCAGCUCAUGGUGGUCAUGAACGUGCUUCUUGACUCAUUGACUAUGAUGUUGGAUUGUAGAAGACUUAUUUUAGGGUUAGGGUGUCUGAUUUAUAGCUCCUUUUCCUUUUUGUUGUCCCCUUUGUUUUUGUUUUCCAUUUUUUUCUGGAGGGAGCGGGGAGAAAAUUUUAAACUGGAAGAAAUUAUGGUUGGAACAGAGAUGAUAAAUCUGAUGUAGCCGCUUAGCCCUGAACAUCUUUUAACUGAGGAUUAUAUGCUCUUCUGUGCUUAAUAUUGCUUCA